AUGUCGGGUGUCGACGGGGAAAACUUGUGGAACGAGUUCCAGACAGACGGCGACUUCGAUCCUAGUAAUCAGUCAUGGGACUCCUGCUCUCUUUACAAUUUACAGAAUCUGAUGUUGCACAGAAUCGAUGGAGCUGCAGACAAAAGCACCUGGAUAGAGGAUGGACUCUUUAUGUACAGCUACAAUAUUCUUUUUAGGGCCGGCUACUUGUCUCUGUUUGGCAAUACACCACCUGAGUCAGAAGGAAGUGAAGAGAGAUCGAAAGAGAAAGAUAGAGCUGAGUCAGAAGCCUUAUUCUCUGAGUUUCUUAAAUAUGACCAACUCUUCCCUAACCUGGCCUACGGGGUGCUCACACCCAGGCAGAGAUUUGAGGCAAAGAGGCUGAUGAAACUUUUCUGGAAUGUUCUAUCAGUGCAGAAGAUGAGGCUCAAGGACAACAUCAGCCACUGGAUAUGGAAUAUGCAGCAGUUCAAAAAUGAGAAGGGUAUGAAGGAGUCAAUGAUUGACAGGCUCAUGUUUGUGCUUCAUUUUGCCUCUCAGGGCAACACAGGGUCCGCCUCCUUCUGGCUGCUCUUCUUUCUCAUGAAACACCCAGAGGCCAUGGCAGCAGUAAAGGAAGAGGUAGAUAGGGUUGUGAAGGAAUCAGGACACGAAGUCCGACGCGGUGGUCCUUUAGUCGACCUGACCCACGAAAUGCUGAUGAAAACACCCAUCCUGGACAGUGCUCUGGAAGAGAGUCUCCGACUCACUGCUGCACCCCUCCUCACCAGAGCUGUGCUUCAGGAUAUGACUCUCAAAAUGGCAGAUGGUCGUGAAUAUUUCAUUCGUAAAGGUGACAGAAUGGCAAUGUUCCCUUACAGUGCAGUUCAAAUGGACCCAGAGAUCCACCCUGACCCAUGUUCAUUCAAAUAUGACCGCUUUCUCAAUCCAGACGGGAGCAAGAAAACUCAUUUCUACAAGCAGGGGAAGAAGGUGAAGUACUACAACAUGCCCUGGGGUGCUGGGGUCUCAAUGUGUCCUGGGCGUUUCUUCGCCUCCAAUGAAAUGAAGCAGUUUGUUUUCCUCAUGUUGAUCUACUUAGAGUUUGAGCUGAAGAAUCCUGAUGAGAAGAUACCUGAAAUUGACGACGGGAGAUGGGGCUUUGGAUCCAUGCAGCCUGUGAGAAAUGUUCCGUUUCGGUACAGACUCAGAGAUUAAACCAACUUGAUAGGUUUGGGUUUAGCACUUUGUAUGUUACAGCAUGAGUUUAAAUAUGUUCUAAUAUGAACGAUCUUCAUGCAGGUUGUUCAGCAAAAGGUCAACAUUGUGACCUUUUGCAAGGCAUUACGUUUAUCAUCAUAAUGAAAUGAAUGUCAAAAAUGAAUGCUGAAUUUUGAGUACUGAGAGUACUGACUGUAACACAAACACAUUCACUCACUGUUGCCUGAUCACCUGGUAUUGACUUAGCUGCUAAAUAAACUAGAGCUGAAACGAUUAAUCGAUUAUUAAUCGAUUACUAAAUUAAUCGACAACUAUUUUGAUAUUCGAUUCAUCGGUUUGAAGCUUUUUCAUAAUUAAAACAAGAUUUCUGAUUGUUUAAGCUUCUUAAAUAUGAAUAUUUUCUUCAUUUCUUUGCUCUGGAUAACAAAUUAAUCAUUAAAAGUCAAUCAUUUUGGUUUGUGGACAAAA